CUCAGUUCAAGUCCUAUAAUAAGUAUACAUACUAAGUACAGUAUCAUUGAGUGGCUAGGCGUUAUGAGGCACAUCAGGCGUCGUUCAGUGGAUUCGUUCGCAGUAGACAGUUUGUGACCGAGUGGGGAGCACGUUGCUUCAACAAUACACAUACUCCGCUAAUAUGGGUUUUAAGACGGAUCUAUGAAGAACAUCUGCUUGAAUAUGGAACGGUUUUCGCUGCUUGCAUUUAUCUUUAUACCGAUUACCUUCACUUACGGCUUCAACGGAGAGAGUUUCGAGCUGGAAUGUCCCGAUGAGUGCGACUGUCACUAUUUCAGAAUCAAUUGGGUAACGGAUUGCUCAGAGAGCAACCUGACCGAAAUUCCAUAUGACGAGCUCAGUAUGAGUGUAUACAUUUUGGAUCUUAACGGCAAUAACAUAACGACACUAAAGGCGUUCCCUGGUGAUAUCAAGAUGCGGCGACUGCAGAUUGCUAAUAACCGUCUCACGAGAGUGGACAGAGAGGCUUUUAAAGGUUUAGAGUACCUUAUUGACGUGGAUUUAUCAGGGAACAACAUCAGUUACGUUGAUCCGGAGGCCUUCUUGGAUUCCCGUGGUCUUCUAAAUGUGGAACUACAAGACAAUCCCAUAAGUGUAGUGGACGGACCAUUCCUAAUCUCCACUACUUUGCAAUAUCUUGAUAUCAGCUCAUGCAAUUUAUCGGAAAUAAACCCACAGUUUUUCGACAAUUUAACUUCUUUAACGACAGUUGAUCUAUCUAACAAUCCAUUGAAAACACUAGAUGGUAGUGUAUUUGAUGUUCUCACCAGUCUGGAAACUUUAAAACUUAAUGAUUGUAAACUAACCACUAUUUCUGAAAGCGUGUUCUCCACAUCCAUCAACUUGAAGAAUUUAGAAUUAGCGGGAAAUCAACUCAGUAACACAAACUGGCCAGAAUUGUUAGGGAAGAUGAUACGACUUGAAUAUUUGAAUUUAAGAAAAUCUGGAAUAACAUCGUUGUCUGAAGACACAUUCUCCAACUGCACAAAUUUAGUCACAUUAAUUUUGGCGGAUAACGAAUUACGUGAUUUAGAUGUUGCUGCCAUAUUAGGCAGCAGUGUUGAUCAUUUAGAAUUAUUGGAUUUAUCAAAUUGUAAAAUACAGGGACCGAUUUCAGGUGAAGCAUUUGCUAACGCGAGUAGAUUGAAAAGCCUAUAUCUUUCUGGUAAUCCACUAUUUGCACCUGACUUACAGGAAGCGUUAGAGCCACUGCCGAAAUUAGAAAGAUUGUUUUUGAGCAACUGUGGCCUACGUAACCUUCCUGACAAUUUUAAUGUUUUUGAUAAUUUGCAAGAACUAGAUAUAUCUCAUAAUCCACUAGUGAAUGUGUUCACUAAACUCCUUGCUCCAUUGGAAAAAUUGGAAUAUUUAAAUAUGGGUUAUAGUAAUCUAUCUUAUAUAGGACCAGACAGUUUUUCCAAAAUGACAUCAAUGAAACGGCUUGUGUUAUCAGGUAAUGAUCUGUUGUCGCUUGAAGCGGGACUUUUCGGUAACUUAACGCAACUGACUACUUUAGAACUGGAACUCUGUGGAUUAAAAAGGCCACUAAAUGCUAACGUUUUCUUUAAAAAUUUAACUUAUAUGGACUUAAGAGAGAUACGUCUAGGUGGCAAUCCAUUAGUUAUUCCUGACUCAGGUCCCGUGUUUCCGAAACAGCUAUCCCAAGUCACGAUACUUGAUUUAAGCAACUGCAAUAUCACUUCUCUUAACGCCGAUGCAUUUAAAAAUACAGAAAAUCUGACAGAAUUAAAUUUGGCUGGUAACAGAAUAAAAUCUGAAUAUGAUAGUCUCUCAUUUUUAGAAAGAUUACAUCAGCUAGAAAAGAUAAACUUGAGUAAUAAUAAUUUAACAACUAUCGACCCUCAAGUGUUUGUUAACAAUCCAAAACUACACUCUUUAAAUUUAAUUGGCAAUCCAUUCGUUUGCGAUUGUAAAAUCGCUGAAAUGUGGGAUUGGGCGAACAUGAUUAAAGGUAAUUUAGACGUUCUUAUUGGAGCUAAAAGUGCAGAGAGGGAUAUAGUGGUAAAAGGAAACAAGAAGAAGAAGCAUUUAUAUUGUCAUUACAAUGAGACACAGCUACGUAACAUGUCUUUACCUAUCAACAAAACAGUUCCGGGUAGAAGACCAUUCAUGAAACCUAGAGAAUUAAGUUUUGCAAACAGAACAUGGGCGAAGUAUGUCAGGGAAUCUGGAUGUGAACCGGUAGUAAAGAUACUGAGACCGGUGGCUUUAGUAGCCGAACUUUUCGACUUCAAUGAUGGUCAUAUUUCGUCAGGUACUAUUGUGUUAGCAAUAACUUUAGCAACAACUACCAUUGUGAUGACUUUGAGGCUAUUCAGAAGAAGAGACGCUCCGGCUGAGGACACAGAAAAUAAUAGGAAACUAAGAUAGCAGAAACUAAAAAAACAUUAAAUGUACAUUUACAAUUAAAAUUGACUAUCUUAUAUCAUACAAAUGAAAAUGAUAUAAGAUUGUCGAUGUGUGUUAACAUUAUUUGUUUACAAUAGAGUAGAUCGUUAUUUUUAUACUAUUGCAUAGUUUUAGAGAACAGUAGGGCCUGAAACAAUAUACAAAUAUAAGCAUUUCAAAUUACUUGUUUAAA